AUGUCAGAAGCUUUAAGAAAGGUUUUUCAGGAGGCUAAAGAAAAAAAAAGACCCGUAUUCGUUGCCUUUGUAACCUCUGGGUAUCCUGACCCCGAAGAAACUGUUGACAUUCUUCUUGGUCUUGAAGAAGGCGGGGCCGACAUAAUUGAAUUCGGUAUACCUUUUACUGACCCAUUAGCUGACGGAAUAGUAAUUCAAGAGGCCAACAGUGUUGCUCUUGAGCAUAAUAUUGAUGUAGAUCAAAGUUUAUCCUUUAUCUCUCAGGCUCGUGCUCGUGGUCUUAAAGCACCGGUGCUCUUUAUGGGCUAUUAUAAUCCAAUGUUAAUUUAUGGUGAAGAAAAGCUUGUAGAAGAAUGCAAAAAGAUUGGAGUCAAUGGUUUUAUUGUAGUCGAUUUACCACCGGAAGAAUCUAAUAAUUUGCAAGAACUUUGCACUCGAAAUGGUCUAAGCUAUGUGCCUCUUAUUGCCCCUUCUACCACAGAGAAGCGCAUCCAAAAACUUUCACGUACUUCUGAUUCUUUCAUUUAUGUCGUAUCAAGACUGGGAACAACCGGCUUUCGCGAUGAAGUCAACAAAGAGUUACCUGAUCUUAUCGCCAGGAUUCGCAAAUACACUGAUACUCCCCUUGCGGUUGGUUUUGGUGUUUCCACUAGAGAACAUUUUCAAAUCGUCGCGUCACAUGCAGAAGGUGUGGUCAUUGGUUCUAAAAUCGUUAAUGUCUUAAAAACGGCUGAAAAGGGAAAACGUGCUGAAAGGAUAAAAGCAUAUGCUUCGGAAGUCUGUGGCUUAUCUUCUGGGCAUAGAGACGAGGUCGAUAAUACGAGUGCAAAAGUGGAUCAAAAUAUUCGAAACGAUUGUGUAAACAUCGACGAGGAAAUUAUCCUUUCUUCACGAUUUGGUGAAUUUGGAGGUCUAUACGUGCCAGAAGCUUUGUUUGACUGUAUAAUGGAACUUGAAAAAGAAUUUGUAAAAGCCAAAGAUGAUCCCAAUUUUUGGAAAGAAUAUCAAUCUUACUACGACUAUAUGGGUAGAGAGUCAAAACUACAUUAUGCUGAUAGGUUAACUAAUUAUAUUGGUGGUGCAAGGAUUUGGCUAAAGAGGGAGGACCUAAAUCACACGGGUUCACAUAAGAUCAAUAACGCUAUUGGGCAAGUUCUUCUUGCUAAACGUAUUGGAAAAACUAGAAUUAUCGCAGAAACAGGAGCUGGUCAACAUGGCGUAGCGACAGCAACUGCUUGCGCUAAGUUUGGAUUAGAAUGUAUUGUAUAUAUGGGUAGCGAAGAUGUUGAAAGGCAAAAACUAAAUGUGUUCAGGAUGAAAUUGUUAGGAGCAUCUGUUGUACCUGUGAACUCUGGCAGUAAUACAUUAAAGGAUGCUAUUAAUGAGGCUAUGCGUGAUUGGGUAACUAAUGUUCGAAAUACACAUUACGUUGUUGGGUCUGCAAUAGGACCACAUCCGUUUCCAACUAUUGUACGCGAGUUCCAAUCAGUGAUUGGUAAAGAGGCUCGAGAGCAAAUGUUAAAGCAAGCCGGUAAAUUACCUGAUUUAAUUGUUGCUUGUGUCGGUGGUGGAAGUAAUUCUAUCGGAAUAUUUGCACCAUUUAUUAAUGAUAAGGAUGUCAAGAUGGUUGGGGUUGAAGCUGGUGGUGAUGCAACCUUGACUAUUGGUACACCAGGUGUGUUACAUGGAACUCGUACUUACUUAUUACAAAAUGACAAAGGACAAAUCAACCAUACACAUAGUAUCAGCGCCGGGUUAGAUUAUCCUGGUGUCGGUCCUGAACAUUCUUGGUUAAAGGAAACUCGUCGUGUUGAAUACGUUGCUGUCACUGACAAAGAAGCUUUAUAUGGGUUUAAAAGGAUGUCUGAGCUAGAGGGUAUUAUUCCGGCACUUGAAACAAGUCAUGCCAUCUAUCAAACCAUAAAACUUGCAUCCAAAAUGCGCAAAGAUCAGGAUAUUCUUUUAUGUGUCAGUGGUCGUGGCGAUAAAGACGUUUCAACUGUUGAAAAAGAAUUGCCAAAUUAUGAUCUAAAAUCUGUUGAAGAAGCAUUGGGCAUUGCCAAAGGAUGA